AUUGAAUAAUGCAUGUUCUGAUGAUGUGUCGUACAAGUGUGACCGUUACAUAGUCCGCACCACUCACUAAACUCCGCCCAUAGUCAAUGUACUCGACUUCGAUUCUGCCAGUAAAACCGUGACCAGUGAAUGAAGACUGCCCUUCCAGAGCGAGGAUGCUGUGUUUGGCCCCGUUAGCCAGAGCCGGCGCCCACUUGAUGGGGGCCCGGAUCACCAGGAGGGUCUUGGGGGAUGGCCGGGGGAUCUGCACCUGGCUGCCCUCUCUUUUCUCUGCCCUCCCCCGCGGCGCCACCUUCAACGCCAGGUCCGCGCGCCACUCCUCCGCGUCGACGGCGGCCAAUCAAAACACGCCGUCGUACAGCUACGUCAUCGUGGGGGCUGGGUCGGCGGGCUGCGUCCUGGCCAAUCGCCUCAGCGAGGACGCCCAUGAGUCGGUCUUGUUGCUGGAGGCGGGGCCUAAAGACAUGUUGCUAGGCAGCGUGCGGCUAUCCUGGAAGAUUCACAUGCCUGCGGCCCUGACCUACAACCUCUGCGAUGAUAAGUACAACUGGCACUACCACACCUUACCCCAGGCCCACAUGGACGAGCGGGUCAUGUACUGGCCCCGGGGCCGGGUGUGGGGAGGGUCGUCGUCGCUCAACGCCAUGGUGUACAUCCGGGGCCACGCCGAGGACUACGACCGCUGGCAGAGGGAGGGCGCCCAGGGCUGGGACUACCAGCACUGCCUGCCCUACUUCAGGAAGGCCCAGAGCCACGAACUGGGAGAGGACCGGUAUCGGGGAGGAAGCGGACCCCUGCGCGUCUCCAGAGGGAAGACCAACCACCCCCUCCACCAGGCCUUCAUCGAGGCGGGCCAGCAGGCCGGGUACCCCUUCACCCAGGACAUGAACGGACUGCAGCAAGAAGGCUUGGGCUGGAUGGACAUGACCGUCCAUAAAGGGAAGAGGUGGAGCACAGCCAGCGCCUACCUCCGGCCCGUCUUGAGUCGGCCCAACCUAACGGCGGAGGUCCGCUGCCUCACCACCAGGGUACUGUUUGAGGGGAAGCGGGCGGUCGGCGUGGAGUACACCCAGAACGGGCAGAAGAAGAAGGUGUUUGCUGAUAAGGAGGUGAUAUUGAGUGGUGGAGCGAUCAACUCCCCACAACUACUCAUGCUGUCUGGGGUGGGAAACGCCAACGAUCUGAAACCUUUCGGUAUUCCUGUGGUUCAACAUUUACCCGGGGUGGGCAGUAACCUGCAGGACCACCUGGAGCUGUAUGUGCAGCAGCAGUGCUCCCAGCCCAUCACCCUGUACAAGGCCCAGAAACCACAUCACAUGAUCAAGAUAGGCCUGGAGUGGCUGUCCAUGUUCACCGGUUACGGGGCGACGGCCCACCUUGAGAGUGGAGGGUUCAUCCGAGGCCGUCCCGGCGUCACCCACCCCGACAUCCAGUUCCACUUCCUGCCGUCGCAGGUCAUCGACCACGGGCGCGUGCCCUCCAAGAUGGAGGCCUACCAGGUUCACGUUGGGCCAAUGAGAAGCACCAGUGUUGGUUGGAUGAAGUUGAAGAGUGCCAACCCAUUGGAUCAUCCUAUUAUCCAGCCAAACUACCUUUCCACUGAGGUGGACGUGUCUGAGUUCAGGCAGUGCGUCAAGCUCUCGCGGGAGAUCUUCGCCCAGCAGGCCUUCCAGCCGUACCGCGGGCCCGAGCUCCAGCCGGGCCCGGGGGUCCAGACGGACGCCGAGAUCGACGCCUUCGUGCGGCGCAAGGCCGACAGCGCCUACCACCCGUCCUGCACCUGCAAGAUGGGCGCGCCCUCCGACCCCGCAGCCGUGGUGGACCCCGACGCCCGAGUGCUGGGUCUGGAGGGGAUCCGCGUGGUCGACGCCUCCAUCAUGCCCAGCGUUGUCAGCGGCAACCUCAACGCGCCCACCAUCAUGAUGGCGGAGAAGGCGGCCGACGUGAUCCGGGGGCGCCCCGCGCUGGUGGACCCGGGGGUGCCCGUGUACCGGCCCGCCACCCUGGAGACGCAGAGAUGAGGCGCAGGACAGGAGCAGUGUGGGCGGAGUCGUGUGAGCGGCGAUGGUUGGACGGGGUGUGAUUGUGUUGGGCUGGAAAUAUUACCAAAUUGUGUGAGUUCGAUGGCCGGUUGACAGCCCAGGCGAAAAGGUCCAAUUUAAGUAUAUUGAGGCUUUUUAUCUUGGCCCAGCCCUUUGAUUCCAUGCCAUAUACGCAUCAACAAACGUAUCGGUUCUUCCACAUAACACGACCAAGGAACAUAAUGUGUCAUGCCUCAUCAAAUGUCAAUUAGGUCAUCGUGACAUUAGACUAAAUACUCUUAAAUGUGAGCAUGUUUUUUUUUUAACACAUUGGCUUUUCGUUGCAUUUUCUUUCAUCGGGAAUCUUACCGGAAUGGUUAGAUACAUUUUAGACGAAUGAUUUUGUUUACACUUUGUACGUAUAUACACGUAUAUGGCAACGUUCAAUUCCUUAAAUGAAUUAUAUCCUCGUGUCCGAGUCUGGGAACACCCAGGACACGCUCAUAAACGUACUUCGGCCUGGCUUCCGCCUAGGCUUUAGGCGGUUCCAGAAUUAACCGACGAUUCGUACUUGUGGAACUCAAAGGUGCCAAAGUGUUAAAAGUUAGUGAGGAGUGUGACUUUCGCCUUUUGAUGAUAUGACUAAUAAUGUGGAGUCACAGACAGGAAAUACUUGUGUCAUAGUGUUUACCGCUUUACUUUACAAAUAUGUACUACAAAUUAGACAUGAUAUACUUGUUUACAUGAUUUUGAAUAAUGGAAAUAUGAAUGGUGUAUAAUUAAAGCAAAUAGAGAUAUGCUUUUAAUUAUAAAUGAUAAUGUAUAUAGUGUAUAUGUUUGGCAACAUAUAUAUGUAGCCAAACAUGUUACAUUAUGCAAGACUGUGUUAGUGCCUGUUACUUCAAAUACAUGUUAUAUAUUGACGUAAUAUUAUGCCCAUAACCAGUGUUAUGGCAAGUAUAUAACAGUGCUGCUUGAUUUAAAUGUUAAAUACUUCUUUGCACAAACUGAAUAAUUGAAUCUUUCAAGGAAUUGAAAUAACAUGUAUAAAAGUUUUUUUUCUUGUAUUUAGAUUUUUUUUUUUAUUAACUAUAAAUGAGAAUCAGAAGCCAUCCAAUGACCUCAAACUCUUAGUGAGUUUAUUAAGAGUUUGUCUUUACAAAAAACGUCACUACAUUUCAAAAGAAUGAAUGCAGAAAAUAGUCUUGUGUAGUUGUACAUUUUUACAAAAGUUACUAAGCUACAUGUGUGUCCUUGAUUCCAUUGUUUUUAGGAUAAAAGUGUAAAGUUGUAUACAUUCUUUACAGAUUUUAUACAUGUUAGCAACAUUUCUAACAAUCAUUUGAAACAAUAAAUCAGUCCAAGAAAAAGAAAGGUU